GAGCAUCUUUACCCGAUUACAACUUCCGGAAAGUGUCACGCUGUCCUCCAUCGGCGCAUAAUCAGUGAUAGAGGGUCAUUCCGGCCAAACUCACCUAAAAUCAUGGUUUUUGAAGACAAAAUGAUCACGAACGGAGAGCCAGAAGAGGAGGAGGAAGAAGAGGAGGAGGAAGACUUGGUGGACCCUUUAGAUGCAAUAAGGCAGAAGUGUGAGGAGACCGAGCAUUGUGUUCAUGCUCAUGAGCGACUGGAGGCCUGCGAGACACGUGUGGGUUCACGUUCAGAGACGGCAGAAGAUUGCACGGAGGAGUUGCUUGAUUUUCUGCACGCUCGCGACCACUGUGUGGCACACAAGCUCUUUCACUCCCUCAAAUAAGUGAACAGCUGUUUAUUGAUAAAUGUUUGCUUGUUAAAAUACGAUGCUUCUUCAUUUAUAGGCAUAAUAUAGUUUUUUCCUGGAUUCAACAAUUUACUGUACCCCAUAGGUUGUUUAACUUGUCAACAUUACCAUGUUGUGAAUAAAAUUUCAGUAAAUGUGC